AUGCCUGGCGAUGAUAGCGAUAAUUCAGAUCUUGAACUUAUUUCUGUGGAGAACGCUGCCGACAUCUCUUCGAGGUCUAUGAAACCGUCUCGAUCAAUAGGUCCUGGUAACUUGACCCCUGGGUCAUCGAACAACCCAGCCUCUGCUAUAUCGUCCGCACUCUCACAUCCCGAUGGAGACGGAAGAGGGAACGUUGCCACCAAUGAAGAGUCAGAAUACCACAAUGUCCAGCACCAAGAUCAAAAGGAAGACGGUUCGCCGGAUUGGUACGUUGAGGGACCUGGCAGACGUGUUGGAUAUGACGAUUUAACCGCCAUCGAUUGGAUUUACGAGUACACGAAAGAGCGACAGCGAUUAAGAAAGCUACUAGCCAUCAACCAAGGAUUCGUUGGCAACCUAAGGCAAUUGUUCGAUGCAAGCCACGUUUGGUUCGUCCUCGUCGCCAGUGGUAUAUCUAUUGGCUGCGUCGCUGCCUUGAUCAACAUUGCCUCAGAUUGGCUCGGAGAUAUCAAGACGGGUUAUUGCAAGAAAGGUGUGGGUGGUGGCCAGUUUUACUUGAACAAACAAUUCUGCUGUUGGGGUCAUGAUAAGCUCGCUCAGUGUCAAGAUUGGACCCCUUGGCCGUCGGCGCUCGGGAUUGGGUCUGCUGGAGGCCAGUAUGUGAUCGGAUAUAUUUUCUUCGUCAUUUUUUCGAUUCUCUUUGCAGUUUCAGCGGCCAUACUCGUCAAGCAUUACUCUAUAUAUGCCCGACACAGCGGAAUCCCUGAGAUCAAGACUGUUCUCGGAGGCUUCGUUAUCAGAAGAUUUCUAGGAGCCUGGACGUUGGUCACAAAGUCUCUGGGAUUGUGUCUCGCUGUCUCAUCGGGACUGUGGCUUGGUAAAGAAGGCCCUUUUGUCCAUCUCGCAUGCUGCUGCGCGAACAUUAUCAUGAAGCCAUUCGAAUCCUUGAGUCAAAAUGAAGCCCGAAAACGCGAGGUGUUGUCUGCAGCCGCUGCUUCAGGUAUAUCUGUUGCGUUCGGCUCACCGAUUGGUGGAGUCUUGUUCUCGCUUGAGCAACUAUCCUACUAUUUUCCAGACAAGACUAUGUGGCAGUCGUUCGUCUGUGCCAUGGUGGCCGCGGUCACCCUCCAAGCCAUGAAUCCAUUUCAUACGGGAAAAAUUGUUCUCUAUCAGGUCACUUACACGACGGGGUGGUACAGUUUUGAACUGCUGCCAUUUAUUCUGCUUGGUAUUAUCGGCGGGGUGUAUGGCGGCAUGUUUAUCAAGCUGAACAUGCUAGUUGCACGCCUCCGGAAGUCUCAGAUCUAUCCGUUUCGAGACAGGCCGCUCCUGGAAGUAUUGGUCGUUUCUGCGAUCUCAGCCGUCAUCAACUAUCCGAACACCUUCAUGCGAGCUCAACUUUCUGAACUGGUCUAUUAUCUCUUUGCGGAAUGUGCAACGAUAGGCAACAACGAUAUUUUCGGUCUCUGCAAGGCCACCGUCGCUGGAUCUUUGUCGAUGGCAUGGCUAUUGGUCGCAGCUUCCAUACUCGGGUUUCUGCUUGCGAGCAUCACAUUCGGUCUGCAAAUCCCGGCCGGGAUCAUACUGCCCUCCCUUGCCAUCGGAGCAUUGUAUGGCCGAACUCUGGGAGUUCUGGUGGAGCUAGUACACAAGCACUUCUCGACUUCCUUGCUCUUCGCAGCGUGCGAGCCUGAUGUUCCUUGUGUUAUUCCCGGGACAUAUGCUAUCGUUGGAGCUGCGUCGGCGUUGGCAGGUGUGACGAGAAUGACGGUCUCCAUCGUGGUGAUUAUGUUUGAGUUGACAGGGGCUCUCACCUAUGUUUUGCCAAUUAUGAUCGUUGUCAUGCUUGCGAAGUGGAUCGGUGACGCUUUCUCCACUCGAGGCAUCUAUGAGUCCUGGAUUCAAUUCAACGAGUAUCCGUAUCUUGAAAACAAGGAAGAUGCCAACAUGCCACAAGUUUUGGUCUCCAGCAUCAUGACGAGGGUAGAGGAAAUGAAGUGCCUGGACGCCAACCGACCUUAUCCCAUUGAGACUUUACAACAGGUCCUUCGAACGACAUCUUAUCGUGGUUUUCCCGUGGUGGCUUUUAAGAAGGCAAAUACCGACCUCGUUGCUGAUAUCCCCCCAAGUCGGCGCUCGCAGCGAGACAACACUUUCCUAGGCUACAUCUCCAGGGUUGAACUUUCGUUCGCGCUUGAACGAGUAAUUAAUUCUAGUACCAGUCCGUCUAGACCGGCCUCCGGACCGAUCGACUCACAAGCGCCAUGUUAUUUCACUUAUCAUCCAGACAUAGCUUCGGGUUGCGGGAUAGACUUACGGCCUUGGAUGGAUCAGACGCCAAUCACUUUGAAUGUGAACAGUUCACUUCAACUGGCGGUGCAUAUGUUCCAGAAACUCGGGCUUCGAUAUCUUCUUUUUGUUGAACGAGGAGCUCUUCGAGGGAUGCUUACGAAAAAGGAUGUAUGGUGGAUUCUGUCCGCAUCAGAAGAUAGCCAAAAGCCUGGUGGAUUCAUUGCCGGAGCUGGAGUCUCGCCGGAUGCUGGUCCAGAAGACGACGGCCCUGACGAGGCCAGGGGACUACUUCGGCAGGACUCAGGAGAGCCAAACCAGCAUAGGGGACCGGAUUAA